GGCGGCCGCCGCCUGAGGAGGCGACGAUGGCGGCCGCCCGGUACCGCUGCAUCGAGUGCCAUCGGGAGGCCACCGAGCUCUACCGGGACUACAACCGCGGGGUCCUGAAGAUCACCAUCUGCAAAUCUUGCCAGAAACCCGUGGACAAGUACAUCGAGUACGAUCCUGUCAUCAUCUUGAUCAAUGCCAUAUUAUGCAAAGCCCAGGCCUACAGGCACAUUCUUUUCAAUACACAAAUAAAUAUCCAUGGGAAGCUGUGCAUCUUCUGUUUGCUCUGCGAAGCCUACGUCCGGUGGCUGCAACUGCAGGACUCCAGCCAGAGCCCUGACCCCGAUGACUUCAUCAGAUACGCCAAGGAGUGGGAUUUCUACAGGAUGUUUGCCAUAGCAUCUCUAGAGCAAACCGCGUUUUUCACGGGCAUCUUUACGGUGCUGUGGCUGGCCCGACUCCCGGCCCUGGGCACGGCCUCCAGCUUCAUCCUGCUCCUGAAGGCCCUGCUCUUGUCCAGCUACGGGAAGCUGCUGCUGAUUCCGGCCGUCAUCUGGGAGCACGACUACACUCCUCUGUGCCUGCGGCUCAUCAAAGUAUUCGUCCUGACGUCCCACUCGCAGGCCGUCAGAGUGACGCUGAACAUCAGCCGGAAGCUGGCGCUGCUGGCCAUCCUGGGCGGCCUGGUGUUGGAGAGCAGCCUGGUCUGCCUUUUCCAGAGGAUGGGAUGGGAUGUGGGCGGCAGCUGUCCGGUCUAUAAGGCAUAGAGUCGAUGCCCAGCAGAGUGACACACAGCCUUCUUGGGGCCGGUCCUGCUGGCCGAGAAGAGCCCUCCCGGGAGCGGGCACACCCACGCCUGCACGCGCGCCUGCCCUCACCCUAAAUCUUUACAGCGAGUCGGAGGAUGCAAGAGUCACCCGAGUGGCUAAACUCCCGGUUGACCCAACUACCCCAGGUCCCAGCUUUAGGGUCGGAAGCAGGGAAUUGGAUCAACGUGGUGCCGAAAUCAGAACGGACGGGUGGCAGCUUUGGGGAGGCCCCUGCCAGCCCUCGGUCCAGAGCGCCUGUGCUGCCCUGCCCAAGCAUCUGUUUAAGGAACUGUGGCAGAACUGCCAUGACUGGCAGAGCGUCUCCCCGCCCGGGGAAGGGCCACCAACAAUUCCAGCCCCAGCUGGGAAACGCUGCCAGAGGGAGCAAAGAGGCAAUGGUUCUGGGAUGCACCUGCAGCCACCUGGAAGCACGUGAGUCCACUGAACCUUGUCUGCUGCCCCAGAAAUCUGGCCUCUGGCUCAUGCGCACCCAGCCCCUCAGCCUGGGCACCCCGGCAGAGAGAGCCGCCACGGUUCCUUUCGGCAACCGCCUCUCCUGCCUUGGGCUUUUUGAUCGGGGUGAAUAAAGUGUGUUUGGUCUCAA